AUGCUUAAUAAUGAGAAGCUGCCGACUCGUCGCAGGAAAAUGAAAGGGGGCGGUCGCGAGGAGGAGCCGACCAACGCGGUGGAAGAUGUGCAGGGCGUCCGUACUGAACGCACUUGCUGUUGCCUCGGCGUGUUGGUGGGCGUCUCUCUCAUCGCCGCCCUCGUUGCAGUGAUCCUAAUGAAGGACAAAACCGUCGAGGUAACAGUGCUCCGGCAGGUUCACGUGCUCAUGUCACACGGCGAGCGCACGCCAAGCGAACGUGAGCUGGCGAUGCUGGGUGCUUCCCCGCCUGAACAUGUCUUCGCACCUUACGGUGCUGGGGCAUUGACUAACGAAGGGAAGAUGGCAACUUUUGAAAUGGGCGCAUUACUUAGAAAAAGAUACAAUGAAUUUUUAGGACCUCAUUACGACGAUGAGAAACAUUUGGUGAUAACUUCAGACACAGAUCUCAGCAAAGUGAGUGCACUACUGAUAUCAGCAGGCCUGUGGCCGCCGCCGAUUGAGCAAAUGUGGAAUGACACCAUGGAUUGGCAACCGGUGCCUUAUUCUUAUCCUCCGCAGGACCAGGAUUUCGUAAGUGGCUUUCAUUAG